UCAAAAAUUGUAGUAAAUGGCUGAUAAUCAAGGAAAAGAAAAUGGUUUUUUUAGACACUUGUUGAGCGGUAAUAGCUCUAGGCCUACUCUGCUCAAAGGGGAUCCUCAUAAGAGGGGGGUAAUGGAUUCUGCUAGGAGGGCUAGGCAGGAAGAGGCUGUCAGACACAGUGUGGCCCAACGGUCGAGUGCGCUGAACAUAGUGCGUACUCGUAUUGAUGAUGAGUACGUAGGCGACGUUGUUCGCCCAACGGAGUGGACUGUUGUUCGGGGGUCGGACGGGAGAUUCGCACGUGGCGGCCCUAGUUCUUCAGGCGCAUCUGAGUGCGCCGGAAGUAUUCUCGUCGAUAAUGAGUCGCCACGGGGGAGAAGGGGCUCACAGUCCGCUGGCACGGACUGGUUAGUCACAUCGCCCUAUCCCGGGGGGCCCACAGAUACGCGCCUGAUACCUAGCUAUGAGGGCACAUAGCUAAACUUAUUUUUGAUGGCUCCGAGCGUACACCUUCGGUUCUGGAAUGCCAUAGUAGGAAGAGGCCGUUGGACGCCAUCAUCGGACUGAGGGAUAUGAGCGAUGCGCUGUACGAUGUUCUACCUGCUACUCCCCUCGGCCGUCUGCCGUAUAUUAUGCACCAGCACAUCGACUGUGCUUUGAUAUCGGCCUUCGUGGAGAGGUGGCAGCCGGAUACGAACACCUUCCACAUGCCAUGGAGGAGAUGACAAUUAUGUUGCACGACGUGCAACGCAUAUUGGGCAUGUCUAUUGAAGGUUCUCUACCAGCCGAGCCUUCUUAGGUGGAGUGGCAGGUAUCACCAAUCUGUUCAAGGAGCCCAUGUCUGAGCUACGGCGGAAAGGUGCAUUCACCAGCGGCUGCGUCAACGUUGCUGAACUGAUGCAGCUGUGUCAUAGGUCCCAGGCCAUGGAUACCCAGUCGACAGCCUACUACAUGGCUAUUGUCGGCUCCACCCUGCUGGCGGAUAUGACCAGAACCGACAUGCGACCUCACCCGAUACUUGCCGUGAACAUUGAUCAAGAUGAGAUCGCCUGGGGUGCGGUGGCCUUGGCCUACUUGUAUCGGCAGUUGGGAAUGGCAUCUAGGGCUGGUUGCAAGACCAUUGCGGGUUGCCUCACAUUGCUCCAGACAUGGAUCUAUGAGUACUUUUCCGCUUUCCGCCCUCAUCCUCGCCGAGCAGACGUGCCUAAUAAGACUAGGGCGGAGAUGUCAUCCACGAAGAAACCAUGUCGUGAUGUGAACAGGCUGAGGGACUGUCGUAGCAUACUUGACUCCAUGACGGAAACUCAGGUGGAAUGGACUUCGUACAUGACUGCUCCAAGGGCAUUGCUGAAUGAGCACCCACGCACCAGCUUCAUCGGGGGUAUCACUUACUUUGAUAUGGUCGAGGUGUAUUUGCCGGAGCAGACAGUGCGACAGUUUCUCAAUGAAUGGCCGAGUCGAUUCGCUCCAUUGGCGAGACUGCCUCCUGUUGCUGAAAUGAACCCCCAGGAAAGACAUGCUUUAGAUGUAUACCUUAAUGAUUGUAAAGAUUUAUUUUCUGAAUGGCAAUCGUUAAGGGGCACGACCCUUCAUAGUCUGUACUUAAACUAA